AGGGCGGCUGUUGUUCGCGGUACCGCGUCAGAUGGAGCCGGCGGCCUGUUCCCGGCAGUGUUUUGGAAUGCAAGACAGGUUACCCAACAAGAAAUCACACUUGGGUCUGGAGCAGAUCUCAGUACUGGCUGCAUUAGGCAGAACAUUUCUUGGCUCUAAAAGGUGCUACAAGUUCAUUGUGGAUGACACCACUGGAGAAACAGCUGUGAUUUGUUCUGCAUUCCGACUUCUGGAAAAUCUACAGCUGGAUUGUCCAGUUGGACAGUUAUUGAAUGAAGCUGUACAAACACAAUACAAGCAAUACAAAUUGGGAACAACCACCCUGCUUUUCCUUGCUGGAUCUUGGAGUAAAGCUGUCCUAAAUUGUAUAAGACAAGACAUUCCCAUUCCUGUCAUAGUAUCUGUGAUGUAUGAAGCACUAGAACAUUGCUUUGAGGUUCUAAAAUCAUAUCAGAUACCCAUUGAUAGCAUUUUAAAAGUCUCCUGCUGUCAACAGAAGUCACAAACAAGUAAAUCAUGUACUUUGUCUAAGUCUAGUAUAUGUUUGGAUGAAAUGUAUUCAGUAGUAAAGGGAACAACGCAGACAACAAUUUCAAUUCAAGGCAAUUCCACAAAAAACAAUGUGGGGUGUUUUUCAAGUCGUAUAAUUGCAUGUGCCUCUUCAGACCAAUGUAGGGAAAGCUCAAUGCACAAAGAAUUAAAAUCAAAAGUAAAGAUGAGCCGGUACUUCACAACGCCUGAAAGCAAGAAACAAGAAGAAACUUUGCUGACUUCAUCAAGCAGUUUUCAAAUGGAUUCCUUUCUGUCUACAUCUGACUAUGUCAAUUUUACAGCUCUGGCUUUAUCAUUGAGCCAUGGAAAUGAGCAGAUGAUGCAGUUGGCAGUAGAAUCCUAUAAAAUUCAGACUCAAAAUUUAGUAGCAGAAAAUGCUUGCAGAACUUUCCCUGAAUUGGAUGUUGGGAAGCUAGUUACGUAUUUCUUUCCUGGACUGCCUGAGUGCCAUUCUUGUGUUAGUCCAGGUUUAAUUGUAUUAGUCUCAGCAGAGCAAUCCAUGAUUGUCAAGUGUCUGGCAGAUUUGCCCCUGCAUACUAUACUUAUAAAUGGAGAUUUAACUGAAACGUACCAUCAUCCAGGUUUCAACAGGAUUUCAAAUAUCACUGUGGUUAAGCAGACUGUCAAGGUUAAAAGUUUAGAUGAAGAAUGGUUAGAUAUAGCAAUAGAUAUACUUAAUAAAUUUCACAUUAAUUUAAUUCUGGUAAAGGGAAUAACAUCUCCACAUUUAAUGGAUAAGUGUUUGCAAGAAAAUAUUUUGAUAAUUCAGGAAGUGAAGGACUCUGUGAUUCAGGGCUUUGCAGAGGCUAUGGGAGCUAUCACUGUAAGUUACAUUACACAAGUAAAUGAACAUUGUGUAGGAACUGGAGCACAUUUAUGUUUCUGGAAAACUAAAAAUGCACCAAACUCGGAAGAUAAAAUUGCUGUGCAGAUAAAUACAUUUAAAACUUCUGUACUCUCAGUAGUGCUUUGUAGCCCUUUAAGUUGCAAGCUGCAGACAAUGGAAGAUCAAUUCUGGACUUGUGCAUAUCGUUUAAACCAUGCUCUUCGUGAGAGACAAAUACUUCCUGGUGCAGGAGCCACUGAACUUCUGUGUCUUCAGCAUCUCAAACAGUUAAUAUUGGAAGCAAAGACUUUUAAACCAGGAACUGAUGAACAGUGUUCUUCAUGGUUUGCAGACACAAUACUUUAUAGAUCACAGGUCUUACAAUCCUUGGCUGAUGGCUUAGUUGAGUAUCUUGUUACUGCCUUGUUUAAUACAGGCAUGUAUGUAACGUCACUGGAUGCUUUGGCAGAAGUGCAGAAGUGCCUUCACAGCGGUAUUGGGUUAUUUCCUAUCAUUUCAGAGGUAUCAAGGCAGCAUGUGAAUCUUGGUAUACCAAGCAUGUCUGAUUCUACCAGUCUAAAUGAAGACAGCUUUGAGUAUAAGGUUCAUGAUAAUGUCAUUGUCAAACUGGAAGCCUGGAGAAGGGCUUUGAAUUUAGUGCUAUUGAUACUGCAGGCAGAUGCUGAAAUCAUUACAGGCCACGAAUCUAAAACUUCAGCUGAUAGAAAAUUUGAUUUCCUUAACUCUUUUAUAUCAGUUUGAACAAAAUGUUCUGUGAAAAAGCAAUUCAGCUUGGAUCUGGAUUAAUAUGAAUAAAUGGUAUACUCUUAAUCAUUUGCAUAUCCCCUUUGAGCACUUUUGAUAUUUACAUUUUACAGGAAGUUCUGUGUCAGACCACCAUCUUUUACCUACAUAAGUGCAUACCAAACUCUGCAAAGGUACCUAAAUGCAGAAGUCCUGAAGUUGCUGACAUGAUCUACCCAGUGAAUCAGUCUGUAGGGUAUAUGUCAAUUUUAUUUUAAUUUUUUCAUUGAGUAUUUCCAUUCCAUAAUGAUGCUGAAUAACAUUGACAUCCGAAGCCUUGAAAAAAACUUAGGCCAUUGAUAAUGUGAGAAUGUGGCUUUACUGCCUGUUGGAUAUCUUCUUAGUAGGUUCGUAGACAAGUUUAGAUUUAUAAGAAUCAUGCAGCAUAAAAACAGGUCCUCUGCCCUCUGGGUCCACACUGACCAAUAAUAAUGAAUUUGCAUAUAUCCUGCUUUUUAUACUCCUAACAGUCCCUUCAACACCAAUAAGUCUCAAUCACACCCAUACACCAUGAAGAACAAUUUAUAAUAGGCAAUUAACCUAGAAACUAAUACUUCCUUGGGAAGUGUGAGGAAACCAGAACAUCUGGAGGAAAUCCAUGCUGUCAAGGGAGAACCUGGGAACUCCACACUCCACACCAAAGGACAGGAUUGAAUCCAAGUCGAGGAGCUGUGAAGCUCUGUCAGUGUGCAGUCCUUGUUCUGGCUUAAUUAAGCCUCUCAAGACAUGGGCAACACACAGGGCACUGCUGAUUGGGUACACAAGACUUUUGUUGAGCAAGUUCAUCUUCCUGGUUGUACUUAAAGUAAAUGUGGGUCAAAUGGGUAUUUGACCAGUGAGUGCAGAUAUGGGCCUUUCUUGUCAGAAUGGGAGUCUAGGUUUUAUAUCACUGUCCUAAAAUGGGGUUUUGGAACCUUCAAACCUAUUGCAUCGGAUUUGGUUAUUUGGUAACUGUAAUCUUUGCAUUUAAUUAUACUGUACAAACUUUUAGAUAUAAUUAAAAUAUUGAUAACUAGUAUUCAUUUUAUAAGAUGCACUAUGCAAUUUUGUAUAGUCAGUUACACUUGCACAAGAUUGAAUGUUUAUGUAAAGGAAACAAGUAAUUGAAUCAUUGAGUGAUGUUCUCCAAAGGACUCUAAACGUGUGAAAUUGAAUGAUUUUAUAUUGACGUCAUUAGUUUAGAUACUAAGAGCGCAAUCAAUUAGGCAAUUUAUUUUAAUUUAUAGAUUUAUUUUUCCAUACUGACAACAAAGUAAUAACAUUUUAUUCCUGUGUUUUAAACAUUACAUGUUGCCUUUGAAUGAAACAGCUGAUUCGUGUGAAAAUCUACAUUAUUACCAUUAAGUUGGAUGCUGAUGGCUGAUGCACAAAACUAUAUUUGUUAAAUUAUACAAGACAAAGAAGAGUGAGGAAAAAGCAUAAGCAGACCACAAAGAACAUCCUAUAGGAUCAAGAGAUAUAAAGAUUAUUAGAUUUUCUAUUCCUCAUGUGUGUGUCUGUUUACAGCUACUCAUCAUUUGCAAUAUCUGUUGUGUGAUUUUAGAAGAUCCGCUUGAUGACUAUCAAUUUCAGGCAAUAAAAUUGCUAUUUGAAUUCGUGAUGGCUAAGUAUUGCAUACUCAGAGCAUUACUAGAGCAAUCUCUAUUAAGAUAUGUACAAUAUUUCAUUGAUUUGAACAAAGUGUUCCAAUUUCAUUUUCUUCGGUUAUAUGUUAAU